CCUGCUGGUUGGAGGACCCACACUCAGGGCAGCCUUCACGGGGCAUCUGUCUACCCACCCCAGCUUCUUGCUCAGUGAUGUGAAGAGUUUUUACCUUCUUCCCCUUUCUUACCUGUUUUGGAACAAGUGGAUCAAAUAGUCCCAGGCUGCCUGGGUUCCUACCUGCAGAGAAGGUUAAAGGCUGUUAGACACACAGGCUGCUGGGACUGGGAUCCUCAGCUAGUCCCUGCCCGCUGAGCUCCUUCCCUGGGCACUGUGGAGGUUAGCCAGGUGCGCUCAGUCUUAGAGACUGCCUUUUCUCCCUUCCACUAGACUUCUCUAAAAGGGGCGGUGGACCUCUGUCUCAGCCUGGACUGUGGAGGUGAUGGUCCUCCAACCCCUAUCCAGGAAGGACAAACAGAUCCAGCUCCUUCAGCCCCAGCCCUGGGGGUGUUGAAUCCAGUCCUCUUGCACUAGAUCUACUCUAGAGUGGCUGGCACAAAGAUUCCCCCACACCUGGCUGUGGCUGAGGGCAGAUGACUUGUGAAGCCCCCUUCCACCUUCUGCCUCUGGCCUCUGAUCCCACUUCCUCCAGAAUCAGUUCUGGGAUGGCUGCCCUCUGCUCCUGAAACUCCCUCAGGCACCUGAGUCACCUGCAGCUUUGAUUUCCGAGUUCUCUCCUGACUCCACAGCUCUGGCUGUGGGGGCCUGAAAGGCAAGUGGGAGGGGAAGGACCUGUGUUGUGGAGUUGCCAUGGGGUUGCUGGGGCAAACACUCCUCCCUUCCGGGAUCCCUCCCUCCAGUCCAGCUCUGGCUUAACCUGAGAGCAUUGUUACUGUGAGCAUAUGCUGAGUGUGGGGUGCCCCGGUGUCAUCAGGAAGAGCGGCCGACAGGGUCUUACAGCUCAGGCAAACUCCCUAAGUGUGGACAACAGGGAUAGAUGUAGAGCCAGGCUGUGGUCAAAAAGGCCUCAUCCUACCCCGGGGCUCUUCAGCCAGGGCUCAUUUUCCCCCCUUGUGGAAUGGGCGGAUGACUGGCCAUUUGUGAACAAGUCACGGAGACCUAGGAUAUGGGGGAGACCUUGAGGCUGCGUGGGCGGUGGCUCAGGAAUCCAGGGUCUGGGCCCACAGGAAGGAACACGUCAUGGAUCUGUCUCCCCAUCAGCUUCAACAAGGACAAACAUUUCCGCUGCCUGCCCGGAGUUAGGGUGGGGCUUGGAUGACUUCCUCAGUUCAGAGUUAUGUGUGGGGGAGGGGAGGCCCAUUGGCUCAGCUGGUAGGAACCAGGCCUUAAAAAGUGGCAGUGACUCGGCAGUGAACCCCGAGUCCAGCCUCGUGACCCUUGCUGACCCAAGUGUCCUGGGGCUUGUCCCUAGCUGGCUACACCUCGUGUGGCCUAGUACAUAGAUUUCCCGGAUGAGGCAUUUCUGCGAUGGCAGAGGCUCUGACACCUCUGCCAGAGCUGACAACUCAUGUGACUCCCCUCGGGCAGGGACGGAACUGUCCCCUCCCAAACAAGCCAGGUCUGGGUCCUGGAAACCCAUCUAUGGGGGCGAGGAUUUUCCCUGUUGAGUGGGGUUUCCCAGGGCCUGGCUAACAGGAUCCUGACCCUGUGUGCCUGUGGAGGAGGGAAGGGUUAGGAGGGCAGGGAGUUUGAACUCUGAACCUAGGGCAGGCUGGGGUUCAGGGGUUAAGACCCUUGGACUGUGCUUAAGUGCCCCUCUAAGGGCUGAUGUUUUCCAUGGGCUUGCCCAGGAGAUGGGUGGAGUCUAUUCUCAGGCCGGCUCCAGUUUCCAUGGAAACCUACAGGCUUCCCACCCCAGCUGCCUGGGUAGACUCCCAGCCAGGGCCUCUUUCGCCGCCAGCCAGCCAGCCAGCCAGCCAGCCAGCCAGCCAGCCUCUUCCCAGGACCACAGGCCGCUCUAGCCUUGGCUUCUCCUGGCCCCUCCCUGUGUCUGUUCCUGUCCCAGAGCCUCUGGCCCCUGAUGCUUUCAGGAGCCUGGGCCUCUCCUGCUCCACUCCUAAACUUCAGCUUCUCAGCAAACAGGCCUCCCAAGUCCCUGCUUCUCCCUCUCGGGCCUUGCUACUCUCACCAACUCUAGGGCCUGGUCAGACUUCCCAGGCCCCCUCCUCCACCCCUAACCCUUCUCACCCAUGGAUCCCCCGGGACUGGUCGUGCAUGGGAAAGCUGAACCCUUUUCCGCAGCACUCGGAAGCCUGGUCAACAGCCCUCGAUACAGUGAUGUUCGCUUCGUGGUCGGUCAAGAACAGCAGGAGAUAUUUGCCCAUCGGUGCUUGUUGGCCUGUAGAUGCAACUUCUUCCAGCGACUUCUGGGCACAGAGUCAGGCCCCGGGGUGCCUAGUACUGUGGUACUAAGCACUGUACCAACUGAGGCCUUCCUGGCAGUGCUGGAGUUCCUAUAUACCAACAGUGUCAAGCUGCACCGCCACUCUGUGCUGGAAGUGCUGACGGCGGCUGUGGAGUAUGGGCUGGAGGAACUGAGAGAGCUGUGCCUGCGGUUUGUGGUGAAGGUGCUGGAUGUGGAGUUGGUUUGUGAAGCCCUGCAGGUGGCUGUAACCUUUGGCCUGGGGCCGCUGCAGGAGCAUUGCGUGGCUUUCAUAGAGGCCCACAGCCAGGAGGCCCUCCGGACCCAAGGCUUCCUGGAGCUGUCGGCGGCCGCGCUGCUGCCCCUGCUACGCAGCGACAAGCUCUGCGUGGACGAGGCUGAAUUGGUCCGCGCGGCCCGGAGCUGGGCGCGCGUGGGCGCAGCGGUGCUGGAGCGGCCGGUGGCCGAGGUGGCGGCCCCGGUGGUGAAAGAGCUGAGACUAGCCUUGCUGGCCCCGGUGGAGCUGAGCGCCCUCGAAGAGCAGAACCGGCAGGAGCCACUCAUCCCGGUGCGGACGCGGGGAACCGGCCCAGCUCCACUCAGCAGCGGGGGUACAGGGCGCUGGGAGGGGUGGGUGCGGCCCAGUCCACAGUCCUCGGGGCGAGGGGCCACCGCGGGACUGAGCGCUGACUGGCCUUGCUCUGCAGGUGGAGCAGAUCGUGGAGGCGUGGAAGUGCCACGCCCUGCGGAGAGGUGAUGAGGCCCGGGGCACCCCAUGUCGCCGCCGGAAAGGCACCCUGCCCCGGGAGCAUCACCGCUUUCUGGACCUGGCCUUCAAAUGACCCAAUGUCGGGACUCGCGGGGGAAGCCCUGGGCCAGCCCAGCUGAGCCUGCCCCAAACUACAACUCCCGACGUGCUCGGCGUUCGGAUCUCGCUUCCGUUCCCAGCGUGCUUAGAGGGCUGGGCGCCGGAAAAACCGUUGUCUGCCACGCGUAGACCUUCGUGCCUGGUCGAGCCGGUGUGGGGAGGUGGGGCCGGGCAGGACUUGGGCUGACACUCUACGGUGGCGACACUCGAAAACGAGGAUUUCUUUCGCUCCACGCCCUCACUCUACGCCCUGUCUCUGGGCAUUGUCGCCCAGCAAUCUAUUCUGAUGACUCACAUUAUCUGUUCAGCCCAACUCCCUCUUUCAUUCCAGACCUGCCUCCUGGAGAUUGCUACCUGAAUGUCCCUUAGACACCAAAGGCUCCGUGCGAAAUCGGUCUCCCCAGCUUUCCCCAGCUCUGCCCCCAUCGUGUUUUUCGUUUCCGUGGGCGCCCACGCCAGAAACCUGGAUCUCAUCCUUGCCUAUCCCUCUUCCUCACACCUGCCUCAGGUCGCUUUUACCUUGUAAGAGACCUUUCCAGUUGGUUUAGUUCUCAGCUCCAGGUUCAGCCUGUCCUGUCUGACACGUCUCAGUCUUCCUAACUUCAUUCUAGCACUCCCUCAAUCCAUUUCUCACAGUGCAGCCAGACCUGUCUAUGAUGGUCAGUCCUAUGGCCCUUAAGUCCUGGAAUAUCCCAUUGACCUGGACAAAAUUCAAUCUAUUUCACUUUCAAGGCACAACUACUAGUAAGUGGUUCCUAAAUACUAGCAACUCUUCUUUCAAAUACGAUCUUUGCAUAAAUUCCCUCAUCCUGGAGGUAUUAGUCCUCUAGUUCCCUAUUUACUUAGUUAUUGCAUACCCUCUGCUACCUCCUUCGUUCACCAUACAUCUUGUUUACCUGAGGAUGGAAAUCUCCCUGGAGAAAGAUCCCUGGGGCUUGGAGUGAUGUCUUACUCAUUUCUGCUUCGGCAGUCUCUGUCAGAUUAUCAUUGCUCUGUAAAUGUUAAGUAAAUGA